UGAGAGCAUCAUAAAUCUUAUUUUGAUAGCAUAAUUGUUAUUAAUUCAGUAAAAAAGUGCUAAUAAAUAUUUAUGUAUUUUAAUGUUUCAAUGUUAAGUUUAACAUAUAGUAAAAAAUAGUUAUACAAGUGGAGCUAAUAAAGAAAUUGCUUGCCAUGGCCGGCCCGUCCGACGGCGAUCCCGACGGAUGGGUCCAGUUCUGUGAGCGUCAGGCCAAAACUGCCGCUCAGGACUUCGCCAAGGCUUGCGUACAAUACAUACAGAGCAGCACAAUAGACGGCACAGUUCGCCCAUACACGUCUCAAAAGGAACUACUCAAAAAAUUCGUCGAAUGCUUCUCUGAACACUUUGACUUCGAAUUUAACAAGCUAAAGGCACAGCACAAAUUACCAAAUGGCACACAUACUGGACACGACGAAAGUGACUAUUCAGAAGAUACUGAGUCGCCGAAAACACAUCACAAACCAUUUUUCAGAAGGUUAUCGUUUAAGGGUUUACGGCGUGGUAAGGGUCUGUUCCAAAAACAGCAUUCAGAUGAAGUAGAAUUAUCAACGAAUUUGAACAAACACAAUAAAACUAAGUUAGCGAAAAUUGUUGUUGAAUGUAGAAAAGAAGGAUUAGUUAAUUAUUUAACUCCAGAAAGCUUGGAGCAACCUGGAGGCCCACAGAAAUGGGAGAAAUGUAGGCUAGCAUUAGUUAAGACUGUUGGUGGUUAUAUGUUAGAAUUUUACUCUCCACCUAAAGCUCAAAAACCUAGAAGUGGCGUAUUUUGUUUCCUAAUAUCAGAGGCUCGGGAAACUACUGCUUUAGAGAUGCCUGAUCAUGAAAAUACUUUUGUAUUAAAGGCUGACAACAAUAUGGAAUAUGUAAUUGAGGCAGCUGAUGUAGAUGACAUGAAGUCAUGGUUAGCAACAAUAAAAUACUGUAUGAGAUCGGCACCUACAACCCAGCCACCACCAGAUUCUCUAGCUGGACUGUCAGAGCCUACACCCCCAGAUCUGCCACCGCGAAGAGAUUUACCCUCAAGUACUAGUAAUGCAGAUUUAGCAACGGAUACUCCUGAAGAGGCUGAAUUAGGUUCAAUAGCAGAAGAGGGAUGUGAUGUAGGCCCCCGAGUGUCUCUCGGUGAGUGGCCAUGGUUCCAUGGGACUUUAGCCAGGUCGGCAGCUGCAGCAUGUGUUUUGGCCGGUGGAACUGCAGCUCAUGGAUGCUACCUCGUUAGGCAGAGUGAAACACGGAGGGGAGAAUAUGUGCUCACUUUUAAUUUCCAGGGCCGAGCUAAACACCUGCGAAUGACACUAAGCGAAUCUGGACAAUGCCGGGUGCAGCACCUCUGGUUUCCAAAUGUCCAUGACAUGCUGGAACACUUCCGAGCAAACCCCAUUCCGCUGGAAUCGGGCGGGGCAGCUGACGUUACUCUUACAGAGUAUGUGGUCUGCCAGGACGGACCAAGAAAUCAAUCGGAAGUGUCACACGGUAGUGACGUUCGUAUGAGACGUGCGGAAAUGGAGGCUCUCUUCGGAAACAAUAGCAGCCCAUUGGAUCACCGAGCUGUUGACAACCAAUAUGUACUAUGUAACAUUCGUCCAUCGACCUCGGACAGAAAUCCUACCUAAUUUUCGAUGCGAUAUUAGUACGACGAAUGCGAGUUUCAAUUCUAAGGUGAUAUGGUACGAAGAAAGUUGGGAUAGAGUUAAUCUCUCUCAGUACCUAACGUUGCUAAAUGUUUGUCUUAGUAAAUUCAUAAUGUUUCUACGAUAAUCAAGUCUGGUCAAAGGCAGCACGAACUUGUGUGUAACGUAUUGGUAUUUUUGAUGUAAAAUAAAUAAAUUCUUUCUUCGAAAAUGAUUCGAUCAUAAUUUGAAAGAGAGAACGUAAUACACGUUUCAAAAGAUGGCGCUAUAAUGAGAUUGCCAGAUAAGCUUUGUGCAAUAUUAUUUUUGUUGCUCAAUAUUAUGAGUAGGUUGUAUAGGAUUUUGCCAAAUCAAUCUUGCUAUUUAGCCAAUUUAUGCUUAAGUACUUUUUUAUUAUAUUAAUACUCAAUGUAGUUUAUAUUUUUCUUAAUGACGGUGCGUUAGAAAUUAAGUCAGAACCAAGUAAACAAACGUCAAUUGUAGAAAAAGCUUUAUUUUUUAGCCGCUGAUAAUUGAGCGCUCUUUGUGUAUCUGGCAUUAAAUUAUUAAUGUUCUUUUGGAACUAUAGCACAAUUUUAUACUGUCUGUAAGGAUCGCUGUGUCAAUAUAUGUUCUCAGGAUAAAAAACUUAUCCGACUUUAAUGAAAGUAAGCAGAUAGGUGGUAGCAACGUUAAUAUUUUAUAGACCACUCAAGAUAACAAAGCAAAAUGUUUUCUCUAUUGACGUUAACCAUCGGUGGAAUUCUAAGCUUAAAAGGUCAAAUAAAAAAAAUUGUUAAUAUGCAGUUAAUAACACCUAAGUUAAAGAAUUACCUAUCUGAUUUCUUGAAGUAUGAAAGUGAAUGUUGGAAUUGAAAUAGACAUAAGUAGGAAUAUCGUUUGUUGUUUAAAUAAACAUUAGAAUAAUUAUUUAUUAAAUGUCGCCCCAGAUACCCACACGAUAGCUUUUGAGUCUAUAGCGAUUUCCCGCUAAAACCACAGAUUGUUAUUUUUUAUAGCGACAUCUAUAUUUUAAGCUGUAAUACAUGCACUAAGUUUCAAGUUUACCUUCUUCCUUAUCAAACCCUCAGAUUUAUUACUUCGCACAAAGGAUUUUGACAUGCGAUUAUAUCAUUAUUCGAUUCUAUAGAUUACCCUUAGUCCAUGGACUGAAGAAUUUAGAAGCAUCCCGGACCUGAUCAGAUGUCAACAGAUUGGGACGGGAUACGGUCUUUCUUUGCGUCCAAUUCUUAGAGACUAUGCAACUAGAUCUCUAGCUUUCUGGCCAAUCCAAGCUUGAUGUAUUCAUUAACGGAGUAUAUUCCAACUUCAAACCCUGCGUCAUAUCCCCGACGCUCAGGCAGUUAUCGAUCAGUACCGGAACAAACUGGUGUCUGAAGUCCAAACUCUGCUACGUGGAGUCUCCAAUUUGAACACCAAAAAAGACACCGCUGUGCAAAUGACCUUUGUUUCUCCUCUUCAAAGACUCUCCUCCACAUCCAGCAUUGGAAUACUGGGCGUUGAUAUAUCAAACGGCGUUUAGUGUGUUCAGCAGGCAAGACCGUAUUUCACUCCGAACCAUCACUUACAACUGCAUAAAUCACAUAUUUGGCCUGACAUGGAGUACUGUUCUCAUCUCUGGGCGGGAGCUCUAGUACCAGCUCCUUCCACUCGAGUGUAUUCAACAAAGAGCGGUUCGAAUCCUCGACAACCUUAAUUUUUGCGUUGCGUAGAGAUGUAAGGUCUCUGUGCAUCUUCUACCGCAUUUACCAUAGAGAGUGUUCAGAUAAAAAUCUGCAUACGAAAUUCCGUGACGUCCGUCAUUCCAGAACUGAGCGAUAUUUAAGGCAGUUAUUGACGCGCUCCAUCACUAUGUGGAACUGGAGCUAGGUAACCGCUGAAAUAUUUCCGAACCAUUUCUACUUAAGGUUUUUAUGAAAAACGCAUACCAAUUCUUAAA